AUGCCUGCUAUUGGUCCUUUGUCCGCCGACCCUGAGGCGCCUCAGCAAUACAAACAGCCCUCCCGAAAAGGCAAAAAGGCAUGGAGAAAACAUGUCGAUGUUACCGAAGUAGAGAAGGGUCUUGAAAAGCGGAACGAGGAGAUUAUCCAAGGUGGUGUUUACAAAGAGCGACCGUCAGAAUCGCUCUUUACCCUCGAUGUGGUCGGAGAUUCUGCCAUACCCAAGAAGCACCCCAAGCAUAUCAAGAAAACUCUAAAGGCAGACGAGAUCAUUGCAGCACGCUCAGCAGUUCCUGCCGUGUCUUCCAGGAAACGAUCCGCUGACAGCAAAACGACUGACGGCGUUCUCCCGGUAAAGAGGAUUCGCAAGGAUUUCGUGGCGCAGAAAGAACUUCACCGCCUGCGGAAGGUCGCCGACGGCCAUCACGAAUCUACAAUCACCAUCGCCGAUGCUAGCUAUGACGUCUGGGCGGAGGCAGAACCAGAGGAAGGACCUGUCGUUUUGAAGACUGGUGAUAAACUCGAGUUUGUGUCCAAGCCGGUCAAGGCAAAAGCCCCAGAGACUUUGAGGCACCAACCCAUAAGCUUAGCCGCCAAUGGCAAACCUGUGCCUGCCGUUCCGACUCCAGAAGGCUCCUACAGCUACAACCCUCUCUUCACCGAUUACGUUGAGCGGUACAACGCAGAGGGUGCCAAGGCUGUAGAGGCAGAGAAGCAGAGAUUGGCAGAGGAGGCAGCCGAGAAAUUGCGGGCUGAGGCUGUCGCGCGCUCAGCGGCGGAGGCAGAGGCCGCUGAGGCUCGGGCUGAUCUAUCAGAGUGGGAGGAAGACUCAGCAUGGGAAGGGUUCACGAGCGGCGGUGAGGAUUUGCCAAUUAAGUCCAAGCGGCCGGAGAGGAAGACGCAAGCACAGCGUAACAGGAUAAAGCGAAGGAAAGAGGAGGAGCAGAGGCGGAAAGAAAAGGCUGCUCAAAAGCUCAAGAACAUUCAGUCGGCCAAGAUAAAGGAACUAGCCGCUGAGAUUGAGGAGCGGGAGGCGGCCGCCCUGGCCAAGGUCGAGAUGAGCGACGACAGCGACGUGGGAGAUGAGAAUGAACUCAGGCGCAGGCAGUUGGGUAAGUUCCGGCUGCCAGAGAAGGACCUAGAGCUUGUCCUGCCCGACGAGCUGCAGGACUCGUUGCGGUUACUCAAACCUGAGGGAAAUCUACUCAAGGACAGGUAUCGCAGUCUGAUAGUCCGUGGCAAGAUGGAGGCCAGGAUGAAGCGGCCUUUCAGGAAGCAAGGCAAGUCAACGGUCACGGAGAAAUGGUCUUACAAGGACUUCAGAAUAUGA